UUUUACUUUGACGCUUGAAGUCGCUAUUUCAACACGAAUUAACACUUCCUAUCAUUAUCUAUUGCUAUUUCCUGUUGCUAUACUAUCUCGACAAGAAAACUUAUAAACUGUCAAGGUACAAAGGGUAAAAGAAAGUUUUCAGGAUGCUUUUUUCAAGACAUUUAGUAAACACAGCCAAAGUAUUGGUCCCUAACGUAAGGGCUAUGGCAUCACAAAGUGGACCCUUGGUUGAUUUAUCAAUUGAUAAAGAUGGGAUAGCUGUCUUAACUAUGAACAGGCCACCUGUAAAUAGUUUAAAUUUAGAACUACUACAAGACAUUAAUAAAUCACUUGAUGAAGUAGCAAAAAACAAAACAAAGGCAAUGAUCCUUACCUCUUCUUCACCUACAGUCUUUUCAGCCGGUUUAGACAUAAUGGAAAUGUAUAAACCGGAUUUAAAAAGAGCAGAACUGUUUUGGACAACACUCCAAGAUGUCUGGUUAAAAUUAUUUGGCUCCAACUUUAUUACUGCCGCUGCUAUUAAUGGUCAUGCACCCGCUGGCGGGUGUUUGUUAUCAAUGUCUUGUGAAUACAGGGCUAUGGUGAGUGGGAAAUACGCCAUAGGUUUGAAUGAAACAGCCCUAGGUAUUGUAGCUCCUACUUGGUUUAUGGAUACAAUGUGUCAUACUAUACCAAUAAGGCAAGCGGAAUAUGCAUUAACUACUGCUAGAAUGUUCUCAGUGGAAGAAGCACUUAAGGUUGGUCUCAUAGAUGAAGCGGCAACAGAUAAAGCAGAUGCUAUCGAGAAAUGUAAGCAAUUUAUUAAGAAAUUCGAUAAAAUCCCUCCUCUAGCACGAGCUAUCACUAAACAGAAGAUGCGGCAAGCGCCUAUAGCAAGACUACAGAAGAAUAGACAGCAAGAUGUCGAGGAAUUCCUAGGUUUCCUUAAAAAUCCUUUAAUACAACAAGGUUUAGAAAUGUACAUACAAGCAUUGAAACAGAAAGCUGGCAAAUAAAAUAAAUUAAAACAUGUAUUUUACCAUGUAUGUGUUUUGUAUAGCUAUAGGUAUAAAUUUUUAUAUUUAUAUUAAC